CUGACGUGGCGAGACGUGGAUCCGCCAAGUCGAACUCGUGGAAAAGCUGAUGCAAACGCUUGACGUUCAAUAACAAAACCAGAUAUAAUAACUCCACGUAACAGACAAACUAUUUUGACCCGGACAUGCAGUGAUAUAUACAUUAUAGACGACGCUUCUUUCGAGCAAAGUGAUUUUCUGUGAACAUAUCAAAUAUUGCUCCAACGCGUGUGAGUUUAAAACACAACAACCGUUACCUCGCCAUUGUAUUGGCUUCUUGAUCAACAUCAGUCUCACCCCAUAAGUGAUAUUACUCCACACAACCUCUCCAAUGCCGAUGUUGCUGCAGAGCAUCAAGGUGGUCAACCUGAUGGUGCUGAUGCUGUUCCUGGGAUGUGCCUUCUACAGCCUGUGUGUGCACAGCGAGACACCCCCAGGCAGAGAGGGGGCACUGACAGUAGUUGAGACAGAUGAGGAUGACAAUGAUGGAAUAAUAUCCAUAGAAGAGAAUGGAGAGGACGAGGGAAACAAGAAAGUAGAGGAGUAUGAUGUCUUCUAUCCAACUAGAGAAUGGCAGACAGUCAAAAAAGGCCAGGCCAUACCAAAAGGGCUGCAUGUGAGGAUGAACUUAGAAAAAGGUGUGACAGAAGCCAAACUCAAUGAAGAUGAAGGUGGAAAUAAGUUCUGGCAAGCCGGAUCUCAUCAAGGCAUGGUCAACACUGACAAGAAGUCAUUUUCCCGAGAUGAGUUGAAGAAGGCACUGAAGGACUUCAAGUCUCACACAGACACCAGUGGCCAGGAUCCCAAGUCAGCAGCAGAGGUUAAGAAGAAGUUCAGGUCAUACAAUGAUUUGAAGAAAGAUUUUGAAGAGAUGAAUAUCGCCAUGAAGACUGACGGUGAGAUAAUCAGUGAUCUGCUGGAACGCUUCAAGAAGGUCGGUUCCGAUACCGAUGCCAAGCUCAAUGUCCUCACAGAACUUGAAUACCAUCUUCAUAAGAUUGACAACGCUCAGUUGUUCAGCUCCAUGGGAGGUAUGUCGCUGCUUGUAGCAAGUCUUAACGACACCAGUCCAAAGAUACAGGAAGAGGCAGCCCUUGUGCUUGGCUCAGCACUACAGAGUAACCCCAAAGUUCAAAUAUCUGCUAUCGAGCACGGUGCAAUGCACCAACUGAUCAAGAUGUUGUCCACUACGUCAUCAACCACACUGCAGAAGAAGACGCUUUUCGCGUUGUCAUCCCUAGCCAGACACUUCCCAUAUGCCCAGAAGAAGUUCCUGGAACUUGGAGGACUUGCUGCACUAAAGAGACUCUUUGACGAUUCCAGCAUGGAUGCUCAGAAGCUUCAGAUAAAGGCUUUAACAUUUCUCAGUGACCUGCUGGUAGAAAAAGGAAUUGAAUUCAACCUCAAGUCCUCCAUGAGAGAGAGCGGCUGGUGUGAGCUGGUACCUCAACUACUGACUGCCCCUGACCAUGAUGCCAGGGAGAAGGUGCUCAACGCCAUGACCACCCUUGUGUCCGAGUGUCGGCCGACCUUCACCUCUGCUGUCACCAGCCUGGAGUCCCUGAAGAGCGAGUAUGAGGCUCUGGCUCUCGAUGAGAAGGAAGAAGGAGACGAUUAUUUUACUGGGCUGGCUCAGCUGGUUACGACCAUGUUGUCAACAGUUCAAAGGAGGGACGAGCUAUAAAUGUUUGGUUCUUUAUAGAUUUUACAUGGGGAGUAUAUUGAAGAUUGUGAUGACUACUUAAACCGGACUGGUUUAGCUUGUUUUGACCAUGUUGUUGACAGUUCAAAUCAGGAGGAACUUUGACCUGUAUGGUUCUGAGACUCAUUGUUUGUGAGUGGGUAAGGAUGGUUUUACGAUUCAAACAGUUUUCAAACAUUUUACCCAUAUAGGGAAUCAAACCAAGUUCUUCAGAAUGACGGGCAAAUGCUUCACCCUCCAGGCUACCCACCUCCCAAAACUUAUUUGUGGAAAAAUGUCUGAGUAGGCAGAGCCUUGAAGAUCCGGGUUAGAAUUGAUCUUCAGCAAUCCAUGUUUGUCAUAAGAAGCAACUGACGGGAUCUGGUGGUCA